AUGGCCCAUCCGUUACGUUGUCCCAUCAUGCUACUCUCCAUCUCUCUUCUUGUGAUCACGAGCGUGGCUGCUGCUUCCAGCAACGACUCUGACCUUUCAGCUCUGGUGGCCUUCAAAGCCGGGCUCUCCGAUCCGCUUGGCCUUCUGUCUAGGAACUGGACAGCCGGCACAUCCUUCUGCUCUUGGGUUGGCGUCUCCUGCAGCCGCCGCCGGCAGCGCGUCACUGCUCUUGUGCUGGCAGACGUUCCUCUCCAUGGAGAGAUCGCUCCUCAUCUCGGUAACCUCUCUUUCCUCGCCGUCCUCACUCUUUCAAACACAGAGAUCACGGGCACCAUCCCAUCCGAUAUAGGCCGACUACGUCGCCUCACCGAUCUUGAUCUUAGCUCUAACCGCCUCUCAGGCGCCAUCCCCGACACCCUAGGAAACCUCACAAAGCUUCAACGCCUUUCUCUACGCCGAAAUGCUCUCUCCGGACAUAUCCCAGAUCAACUCCUCCACAACUUGAACAGCAUGAGGAGGAUACAUCUCGGGCUGAACCAGUUAAGUGGCCUCAUACCAGACCAGUUCUUCAACAACACGCCUUUAUUAACCCAUCUUGACUUCCAAAACAACAGUCUAUCUGGGCCAAUACCACAAGGUAUUGCCGCAUGUCCCAUGCUUGAAUGGGUCAACUUUGAAUAUAACCAGCUGUCCGGACUAGUACCUCUAACCAUAUUCAACAAGUCUAGACUUGACGUGCUUGUCCUCACAUCUAACCACUUCAUAGGAACAAUCCCUACCAAUGAAAGCUUUAAGUUGCCCAUGUUAACUGUCUUCUUCAUUGGUCUCAAUAGUUUCACAGGUCAAUUUCCCUCAAGCCUUGUAUCCUGCAAGUUACUAGUGCUACUUUCUCUAGCUGGAAACUCCUUUGUGGACAAUAUCCCAGAAUGGCUCGCUCAACUAUCACGACUCACUUUUCUUACUAUAGGUGGCAACGACGAUGUUAGCGGGUCAAUUCCAGGUGUGCUCAGAAAUCUUACUCUUGUCCGUCUUCUUGACCUCUCAUUCUGCAACCUAAGCGGAAAUAUUCCAGCCGAGCUAGGGGAAAUGAGUCAGCUCACAGAUUUACGUCUUACAUCAAACAAACUAACAGGUCCGUUUCCAGCUAAUUUUGGCAACCUAUCCCAACUAUCUGAUCUGCUAGUUGAUUGGAACCAAUUAACUGGAUCUUUCCCCGAAACUAUUGGGAACCUCAGGUACCUUAACCGUCUCCAUAUUGGAAUGAAUCAGUUCAAUGGGACCCUUGAGUUCUUGGCCACUAUGUCAAACUGUAGACAACUCCGAUUGCUUGCCAUGUUUUAUUGCUCCUUCACUGGAAACAUUCCUGCAUAUAUUGGUAACCUCUCCACACAAUUGACAUACCUCAGUGCAGCCGGGAAUCAUUUAACCGGGGCUCUUCCAGUGACAGUAUCAAAUCUAAGUGGUCUUAGGGUAAUGUCCUUUGCAGAGAACCAACUAAGCGGCAUAAUCCCAGCACACAUUGCAUUAUUGGAGAAUCUUGAGCAGCUAAACCUUUCUAGUAACAAGCUGUCUGGCCCAAUCCCGUUAAAGAUUGGUGCCUUGACAAGAUUGCACAGGCUAUCCCUCCAGGGCAAUAAAUUAUCUGGCGCCAUUCCGGAUGGCAUCGGUAACCUAAGUAACCUAGAAUUUAUGUCGCUUGCAGAUAAUCAUCUCUCGUCAGCAAUACCUGAAAGAUUGUUUCAUCUUAGUAACCUUCGUGUGUUAGAUCUAUCUCACAACUUCUUUACAAGUGCACUGCCCUCUAAUCUUGAUUCCAUGAAGCAAAUAUACAUUCUAGAUAUAUCAGCCAACAGCUUGGUUGGUAGUAUUCCAACUUCAUACGGGAAUCUUGGACUAUUAAGCUUCCUGAACCUAUCACACAACACACUCACAGGUUCAAUCGAUGGCUCGUUCAAGGAGUUAAUCGUUCUAACACAGUUGGACCUAUCUUGUAACAACCUUUCUGGUACCAUUCCAAAGUAUUUAGCCAACUUUACUUUACUGACUAGGUUGAACCUUUCUUUCAAUGAGUUCCAAGGUGAGAUACCAAGUGGAGGUAUUUUCUUAAACACCAGUGCAAAAUUAUCUUUGAUGGGAAAUGCUGGGCUGUGUGGUGCCUCACGUCUAGGAUUUUUGCCUUGCCUAGACACUUCCUACAAAAACAAGAGACACUUGCUAAGGAUUGUUCUCCCAGCUAUCUUGGUAACUGUAGGAGCUAUAGCAAUUCUCAUUUACCUAAUGAUCAUGAAGAAAAGUAAAAAGCAGCUACAAGUUACGACUUCCAUUGGCAUGGAUAAUAUUAUCAGUCAUAGACAAGUUUCCUAUCUCGAGAUUGUUCGUGCCACUGAAAAUUUCAGCGAGGACAACCUACUUGGAGUUGGAAGCUUUGGAAAAGUUUUCAGGGGCAAAUUACAAGAUGGUUUGGAGGUUGCGAUAAAGGUGCUCAACAUGCAUGUCGAGCAGGCUGUGAGGAGCUUUGAUGCAGAAUGUCAAGUGCUAAGGAUGGCUCGGCACCGCAACUUGAUACAGAUAUUAAGUACUUGCUCCAACUUUGAAUUCAGAGCAGUACUACUUGAGUACAUGCCCAAAGGUAACUUGGAUGUACAUUUGCACUCUGAAAAUGGAGAAUCGAUAGGAUUUAUCAGGAGAUUGGAUAUUAUGCUUGGUGUAUCAAAAGCAAUGGAGUAUCUGCACCACCAUCAUCAUCAAGUUGUGUUGCACUGCGACCUCAAACCUAAAAACGUGCUAUUCGAUGAUGAGAUGGUGGCGCAUGUUGCGGACUUCGGCAUUGCAAGAUUACUUGUUGGAUAUGACAACUCCUUGAUUUCAGAGAGUAUGCCAGGGACUAUUGGAUACAUGGCACCAGAAUACGCAUUCAUGGGGAAAGCAUCACGAAAGAGCGAUGUGUUUAGCUUUGGAAUAAUACUGCUUGAAGUUUUCACAGGGAAAAGACCCACAGAUGCCAUGUUUGGGGGAGAAUUGAGCAUUAGGCAAUGGGUUUGGCAAGCAUUUUCAGCAAACCUUACUGGCAUUUUGGACGUUAAGAUAGCUCAAGCUGAGGAAAUAAUUUUUUGCUUAAAUCACCAGACCGGCACUUCAUUGGCGUGCACGAGCAGUGACUUGCUUGUGCCAAUAUUCGAACUGGGUCUGAUGUGUUCGAGUGAAUCACCUGACCAGAGGCCAAGCAUGACAGACGUGGUUGUGAGGCUCGAGAACAUCAUGAAGAGUUACUCUGCUACCAUGCCGUCACUGGAACUGGCUCAAUGUUAGUUAGUUCUUUGUUUGGGUUUCAUAACGGUGUAUUAUUACUUGAUUUCAUAACAGUGUUGUGUUAGAAUGCAUGGUAUGCAUAUGGGCA